AGUGAAUGGGGUCUUCGUCCCGGUGUAUAGAUCCGUUGAGGAGAGGGUUAGGGUUCUUGUUUGAGAGGGAAGCUUCAAUCCCAUGCUCUGAUUUCUGGCGGAGCUCGAGAUCGAGGAGAAUGGGGAUUAAGGAUGUUUUUCUUUGCCUUUUGGUCGCCAUUUCGGUGUGCUCGGCUGCUGCCAAUUCGAUCCAUGGAUGCGGUGGAUUCAUUGAGGCGAGUCCGACGCUGAUCAAAGCUAGGAAGACAACUGAUGCGAAGCUGGAUUACUCGCACAUUACUGUUGAGCUUCGCACGAUAGAUGGACUAGUCAAGGAGAGGACUCAGUGUGCUCCCAAUGGUUAUUACUUCAUCCCUGUAUAUGAUAAGGGUUCAUUCAUCAUCAAAGUUGUUGGACCUGAUGGUUGGUCAUGGAACCCUGCUAAUGUUCCGGUUGUUGUGGAUAGCAAUGGCUGUAAUGCAAAUGCAGAUAUCAACUUUCAAUUUACAGGGUUUAUGAUUACAGGAAGGGUUAAGGGAGCUGUUGGUGGUAAAAGCUGUUCUAAAAAGGAUGGAGGCCCUUCUGAUGUAAAGGUUCAACUCUUAUCGCCCUCUGAUGAUGUCAUUGCAUCUGCUUUCACAUCCACAACAGGGGAUUAUUCAUUUGUGAACAUAGCUCCAGGAAAGUACAAGUUGCAUGCAUUUCAUCCUAAUUUAGGAAUUGAAGUUCGAGGUGCUGCAGAGGUUGAGUUGGGGUAUGGAAAUGCUGCGGUCAAUGACAUUUUUUUCGUCUCCGGUUAUGAUAUCAGUGGCUUUGUUGUUGCUCAGGGAAAUCCAAUUUUGGGAGUUCACAUAUAUUUACAUUCAAAUGAUGUGUCAAAAGUGCCUUGUCCUCAAGGGGUUGGUGAUGCCUUGCAUCAAGAAAGAGCUCUUUGUCAUGUGAUAUCAGAUGCAGAUGGAAAGUUCACUUUCAGUUCAAUACCUUGUGGUGUUUAUGAGCUUGUACCAUAUUAUAAGGGAGAGAAUACAGUUUUUGAUGUUUCACCUCGUUCAGUGGUUGUAUCUGUGGAGCAUUGCCAUGUUACUAUUCCUGAGAAGUUUCAGGUUACAGGAUUUUCUGUUGGUGGUCGUGUUGUUGAUGGGAAUAAUGUUGGAGUUGAAGGUGCGAAAGUUAUGGUAGAUGGGCAACCCAAGGCAAUCACUGAUGGACAAGGGUUUUACAAGCUUGAUCAAGUUACAUCCAAGCAUUACUCUAUAUUGGCAGAGAAAACUCACUACAAGUUCCGUGUUCUAGAGAAUUUCUUGGUUCUUCCAAACUUGGCUUUCAUUGAUGACAUCAAGGCUAUCCACUAUGAUAUCUGUGGUGUUGUACGAAUGGUCACCCCAAAUUCAAAAGUAAAGGUUGCGCUAACUCAUGGGCCUGAAAGUGUCAAACCCCAAAUGAAACUGACAAAAGAGGAUGGAAGUUUCUGUUUUGAGGUCCCUCCCGGUGAAUAUCGGCUAUCUGCUCUGCCAAUAAAAUCAGAAAGUUCUUCCAGCCUUAUAUUCUCACCUUCGUAUGUUGAUGUGAAAGUUAACAGCCCUGUGCUUAAUGUAGAAUUUUUUCAGGCUCAGGUUAAUAUUCAAGGCUCUGUGCUUUGCAAGGAGAACUGCCAGUCCAUAUCUGUUUCACUAGUUAGACUUGUUGGUAAAGGCAUGGAGGAAAAAAAGACAACUAUAGUGGAUGAUAAAAGUGGCAACUUCAUGUUUGCAAAAGUCUUCCCUGGGAAGUACUUCCUUGAGGUCAGACAUGGUUCUUCAUUGAUAAAUCCUAAGGAGGAUGAUUGGUGCUGGGAUCGGAGUGUGAUUAACUUGGAUGUUGGUAUUGAGGAUAUCAAAGGAGCUGUCUUCAUGCAGAAAGGCUAUUGGAUAGAUGUAAUUUCUACUCACAAUACCGAUGCAUACAUCCGCGGGCCUGAUUCUUCUCGUGUUGAUUUGCUGAUAAAGAAAGGGUCACAAAGAAUUUGUGUCGAGUCUUCUGGAGUCCAUGAGCUUCAUUUUGUUAAUUCAUGUAUUUUCUUUGGAAGUUCAUCGGUGGAGUUUGAUACAAAAAAUCCUUUGCCCUUACAUCUCACUGGUGAAAAAUACCUUGUCCGGGGAGAGAUCCAUUUUGACCCGAUCAUAGGUUUGGAUGAAUCUGAUUUAUCUGAGAGCAUUAUUCUGGAUGUAAUUAAUAAAGACGGCAGUGUUCGUGACAUUAUUCAUCCAAGACUCAUCCCCGGUGGAAGUGGCCAGCAAGGCCGUGUCUAUGAAUACUCAGUUUGGUCUGAUCUUGGUGAGGAGUUUGUCUUUGUUCCUCGUGACUUAAGGGACACUAGUGAAAAGAAGAUUCUGUUUUAUCCAAGACAGCGCCAUGUGUCAGUCAGCAGCGAUGGUUGCCAAUCUGAUAUUUCACCAAUUGCUGGCCGAUUUGGGUUGUAUAUCAGUGGAUCAGUAUCUCCGGCUCUUUCUGGUGUUGAUAUAAAAAUUUUAGCAUUAGGUGACAGCAGCAAUGCUCCUUUAAAGGAAGGUGACCUGGCAUUGGAUACCAAGACAGGAGAAGAUGGCUCUUUUGUUGCUGGACCUCUGUAUGAUGAUACAAGUUAUAAGGUUGAAGCUUCAAUGGCUGGUUAUCAUAUCAAACAAGUGGGACCAUAUUCAUUCACUUGUCAGAAGCUUGGCCAAAUAUUGGUUUAUAUAAAAGAUGGAAAAGAACAUGGUGAAGUGUUUCCAUCUGUUCUGUUAUCUCUGAGUGGUGAGGAUGGCUACCGUAACAACUCGAUCAGUGGGCCUGGUGGUGCUUUCAAAUUUGAUAACUUGUUUCCUGGGAGUUUCUACCUUCGACCACUGCUGAAGGAGUAUUCAUUUUCUCCUGCAGCAGUGGCAAUAGAAUUGGGUUCUGGUGAAUCUAAAGUGGUUGUUUUCCAUGCAACACGUGUUGCUUACAGUGCUACGGGAAGUGUUUCAUUACUAUCUGGGCAGCCUAAAGAAGGGAUUUAUGUUGAAGCACGGUCAGAAUCUAAAGGAUAUUAUGAAGAAGCUUCUACUGAUCCCUCAGGAAAUUUCCGUCUCAGAGGGCUUCAUCCAGACACCACUUAUACAAUAAAGGUCGCGGUAAAGGAUCCCGGAGUCAUGGGAAUUGAAAGAGCAUCUCCUGAUGCUAUUUCUAUUAAUGUUGGAUCUGAGGACAUUAGAGGUGUCGAUUUUGUUGUAUUUGAGCAGCCAGAUAUCACCAUUCUAAGUGGCCACGUUGAAGGCGCUGAUCUUGUUACCCUUCAGCCACAUCUAUCUGUGGAGAUCAGAUCAGCAAGUGAUCCAUCAAAUAUUGAAUCUGCAUUUCCUCUUCCACUUUCUUUCUUUUUUGAAAUCCGCGAUCUGCCGAAGGGAAAGCACCUUGUUCAACUUCGCUCAGGUCUCCCAUCAAAUGUUCACAAAUUCGAAACUGAAGUUCUUGAAAUUGAUUUAGAAAAGCAACCCCAACUUCAUGUAGGCCCACUCCGAUAUACAUUUGAGGAGUAUCAUCACAAACAGGAUCCAACCCCAGCCCCAGUGCUUCCGCUUAUCGUUGGAGUUUGCGUUAUUGCUCUUUUUAUCAGUAUGCCAAGGAUAAAGGAUUUGUACUCAAUGGCUGUUGGAAUGACUCCCAUAGGUUCUAGUCCAGCUCCCACCAAGAAAGCAGAAGUGAAAAAACCAUUUUUGAGAAGGAGGAUAUAUUAGCCAGAAGUAAGCCUUUCUGUACUUUCAUCCCAUGGUAAUUCUCGGUCUCGUAUUUUUAACUUGGUCAAAUUGAGUAAAUCUUCACUGUAGAGCUUCUAUCAAUAGGAAUUAUAUAUCUCUAGAGGAUGUUAAAUUUUGAUUAUUGGUGACUUCAUCUGACAAUUAACAACAGGAUGAUUUGUCCCCAGGAGAACCAAUUUUGUGAACUUGAUUCUGGGAUUCCUAUGUGUUUUUUCCGAGGAAAAACAUAGAACCUUUCCUAUUAAUUAAUGUAACCCAGAUGGUGAUGAUGUGUUUUAUCAA